AUGUCUGACGGGCUUUUCAAUCAGCCGUUUGUGUAUUGUGGAGUCUGUCACAGACAGUCUACCAGAGAAGAUCCUCUUCAUUUGACUUCGUGUGCUCAUAUACUAUGCUCAGAACACUUGAAUACGACAGCGUGUCCCAUAUGCAAGAAUCGAGAUGUGAUGGCGAUCAGGCUCGUUGAGAAUAAACAGUUGCCGCAGGAUAUAGGGGACCUUUUCCGGCCGAUGUCGACACUUUUGGAAAAUCUGUACAUCGUAUCGCAGUUCCAGUCCAGCGGGUUGGUGAACCAAUGUCACUACUACCAGGAGCACUGUAUUAAGCUGAGGGAGAAAUGUGCCCGGCAAAGACAGCUUCUCUGUCAGGCGAAGCACGAGUUGGACUCCGUGGCAAGGUUGAAAUCUAGAAUAACUGAGCUGGAGGCCGUGCUCGCGAAGCAGGAGGACUCUUCUGGCCAGCUUAAGUCCACUGAAACAUCUGUAUUUACAGCGCUGAAACCACCUGACACGGUCGACUUAACCGCUGAUGCAGGCGAUGACAUAGCCGCCCAGCGAGACGAGCAUUGCUUCCUUCGGAAGCUGAAGAAUUCAUCGCCACUGAGACAUAAAUUACAGCGGCAAAUGAAGCCACUGAAGGUAAUGCCGAGAUCUUCUGACGCCGGGGAGAAAACUUUCUCUGCUGAUGGGGCUAUUGCGGAAUCGACCCAGUUGAACGGCCUUACUUCUCCAUCGGGCGAUUAUUACGGGAAUCCAUCCAAUUCUUCUUUGUUAGAAGGAAGAUCUAGGAACUCUGCGGCAAUAUCAAACGGUGACUGUGGUGCCAAGAAAGCCAAUGUCAUGAAUCAAAGUCAGUUUCCUAGUGCCUUGGAUAAACUGAGAGUUGUCAAAAGAAAUCAUACAUUUAACAAUGUAAUAGGUGCUUCCCGAGGACAUCAAGGUUUGACUCCGCACAUGAGGAGCAGUAGUAGCAUGCAAACCCAAACUGGUCUUUUAAUGCGCAGCAACACGAGCCGCCAAAGAAGCUCAGGCUCACAGAGCCUGAUAGGCAAGGGAACGAACAAUAGAUUUCGACGCAUAAAGUAG